CUCCCGCCGAAGAACUGCCUCCUCAGGGCGCAGCGGCUUUGCCACCAGAGCCGGACGACGCAGCGUCAGAGGCGGCAUCGGGCUCCGAGGAGCGCGGCGACGAGAUUGGUUCCGAGCUCGGCGUCAAACAGGAUGAGCUUGAGAGUGCCAAGCGUGAGCUUAAGGAGGAAGAGGCUCCACCGCAGGGCGCGGUAGCCAAGGUAGGGGAGUUCGUGGAUGUGCAUGGCAUCGGGCAUAGCAUCGUGCGUUGCAACCGCUGCUGUCGCACGGCAAAGGAGUGCAACUACAGGAUCAGGGCGAAGGGCCAGUCGACUUACCAGUGCGACGCGUGCAACACGAACGGGGUGCGCCUUUCUCGGAGGUUCGGACAGUGGCCGCCAAAGUGUUUCGCCAAACUGAAGAGUGAGUUCAAGCAGCAGUUCUACAAGGAUCUGGCAGAAGAUCCUGGGCUGUCGAACCUCGAUCGCAUUGAAGCCUUCGUGGUCAGCUCAAUCACUGUCCAACGGAUGGAGGAGGAGCGCGUCCGCAAGGGUGGCAAGCACCUUCCGCUGAGGAAGUGGGCGCACGACGGCUUCGACGCGAAAAAGAUUGAAGAUAAUGUGCAGGAUAAGAGCGAGACAGUGGAGGCCGCAGUGCGCAACGAGCUGUACACCGAUAAGAGGACGCAGGCGAAGCAGAGCGGCCCGCGGGCAGCGGCCUCGACGGGCGUCGCAGAGCACGGCGGCGACAAGGGCGAAAGAAGCGACGAGAGCGACAUGUCCAGAUCCAGGAGCCGCUCGCGCGGCGACCGCGACAUGAGCAAGAGCCGCCGCAAGGGCAGGAGCAAGAGCCGCGGCAAGAGCAAGGACAGGAGCAAGAGCAGGGAUAAGGACGCUGAGAAGGAGCGGAGGCGACAGGAAGCGAGGGAGAAGGCCGAGCAGGCCAAGAAGGAUACGCAGGAGAAAAACCUGGCGCUGAAGUGGAUCGGCACCGCAACGAGGCUCGAGACAGAGCUGGACGGGUACCUCGAGCAUGGGAAGGCGGACAAGGUGCCGUCAUGGGCUGUGAAGAACGCGAAGGCGGCGAGGAAGUCUGUGGCAGUCAUGAAGGCGGUGGCGCAGAAGCGCGUGCACAGCGGCGUGGCGUUGACGAUCACGCAGGACGAGGCCAUCAGCAUCCAGAAGGAUGCGAGCUCGGCGGCGAGGGCCAUCGCGGGGAUGCUCAAGGAGGCGCAGAAGCACAGCACCUGA